CUCUGAUUUAGGUAAAAAAUCCAACUAAAAAGAAACAAGAAGAAAAACAAGGAAACCGGAAUUAAAUUCUAAAGAUUCUUCCAAAUGGCCGCAUGUAUCGCCGGUCAACUAAAUGGAAGGUCUCGAGCUCGAUUCGUAGCAAAUCUGAGGAUUUAUUAAAAUGAAAAGACGUAAAAUGCGACCAUUCUUCGUACCUGCAACUACAGUUAAUCAUUAAUUUAGUUAACGAACAUUCUGCUGAAAUAUAAACAGAUCGCAGUUCCCGUAGGGACUUUUGAAGGCUUUUUGUAUGUAUUUGCGAAUUUAAAUCCCCGUUUCAGGGUUCUCAAUGUGCAAAUACAUUUGCACGAAAUCCUUCUGACACAUCGAAUGGUAGCAGCAAACGCCGUUAAAAAGCCGGCCGAGAAGAGACAAUGGAUCCGAUGUUGUAUGAAAGGCGUACCAGAUUUCCAGGGGUUUUUAUCUUGUUUAUGGUUUUGGUAAGCCUUGGAACAGUGGGGGCACAGGGACAAGAAUGGGCUGGGCGAGCUUUGAUGGCGCGGAAAAUUGACGAGCCCGCCCAAGGCGAUGUUGAUGCUGCCGUUGAAUUGAAGAAGGACGAUUUUAAUAGAACUCUGUCGGUGGCUCCGUCCUCCUGGACAAUUGUAGAGUUUUUCGCACAUUGGUGUCCUGCAUGUCGGAACUACAAGCCUCAUUAUGAAAAAGUUGCCAGGCUUUUUAAUGGACCUAAUUCUGCACAUCCUGGUAUCGUUUUUAUGACGAAGGUUGAUUGUGCAUUGAAGGUAAAUACAAAGUUGUGUGACAGAUUUUCAGUUAGUCAUUAUCCUUUGCUACUUUGGGGUCCACCAUCAAAGUUUGCUUUUGGUAGCUGGGAGCCUAAUGCAGAUAGUGGGAUAGAACCAAUUGAGAAUGCUCGCACAGCUGAGAGUUUGCUGAAAUGGAUCAAUAAGAAGAUUAGCAAGUCAUAUAAUUUGGAUGAUGAGAAAUUUGAAAAUGAAUUACCAGCAAAUGCUUCUGAUCCUGUAGAGGUUGCGCGAUCUAUAUAUGAUAUCGAGGAAGCCACUGCAAAUAUUUUUGAAAUCUUUGUGGACAAUAAGGCAAUCAAUUCUGAUGCACGGGUGUCUUUUAUAAGAUUUUUGCAACUUGUAGCAGUUCAUCAUCCAUCUAAAAGGUGCCGAAGAGGCAGUAUGGAGAUAUUAGUGAACUUUGAUGAGCUUUGGCCUUCACAUCCAUGGUCAAGUGAUAGUAAACAGGGAGUACAGCUCCGUGAAAAAGAUGCUUUCAGGAACCUGCAUGUCUGUGGAAAAGAAAUUCCUCGUGGGUACUGGAUCUUUUGCCGUGGCAGCAAAAAUGAAACUCGAGGAUUGAGUUGUGGCCUCUGGCUUCUUUUCCAUUCUUUGUCAGUAAGGAUUGAAGAUGGUGAGAGUAUGACUACUUUUACUGCGAUAUGUGACUUUGUUCAUAAUUUUUUCAUCUGUGAGGAGUGUCGCCAACAUUUCUUUGAGAUGUGUUCCAGGGUUCGAGAACCUAUGAAAUCUCGCUAUGAGUUUUCUCUUUGGCUUUGGCGUGCACACAAUGAGGUUAAUGAGAGGUUAAUGGUUGAAGAAGCUUCUCUACAAACUGGUGAUCCAAAAUUUCCAAAAAUGAUAUGGCCGCCAAAGCAGCUCUGUGCAUCAUGUUGGAUCUCUAGCAAGAAAUAUAAUAGCACACAUGUUGAUGUUAAUUGGAAUAAUACAGCAGUAUACCAGUUUCUUCUUGAUUUUUAUGGGCGGAACAUUAAAUUUCCUUUACGAGAUAAUGAUCAAACUGAAAAUAUUAAGCUGGAAUCAGCUCUUGUUGAGGACAUAACCCCUAGUAAUGCUGUAACGGUACCUAUUGGUGCUGCUGUUGCAAUUGCCAUUGCAAGCUGUGGAUUUGGAGCAGUCGCAUGUUUCUGGCGAAUGCAGCAAAAGAAGCGUAAGCAUCCAAACCAAUUCCAUUCCUUCAAGCACAUAUGAUUUAAUUAAGAUCUUUGUCGUAGCCUGUUUGUAAAUUUAUCACACGGAAGCUGAUCAAACUUGAGAAAAAAAUGAGAGUUUACCUAAUGAGGAAUCCAACAGCUAAUGUGCACAGUUUUGCGCGGGUCAAUAUCCAAUAUGUUGUUAAGUUGCGAAAGUUUAGAAAGGAAAUGCAGAUAUUCAAUUAAUAUUUGUUCAUUGUUUUAAUGUUUUCUGAUAUUGCAUUCAGAUGCAUUAUUAUCAUGAUGCAAGUUUAUCUUGUUAAUUCUAGUCGUAGGCAACAUUUGUAUUCUUUUCUAGUGUUAGUUAAUGGCAUAUGCAAUCAUGGAAUGACACAAUAAUUUUCAGUAUGUGUCUCCAUGAUAGCUCACUGUCUUGCUUCGAUGCAAAAUAUGUUUGCUGAAAUGUAUUUGAUGUUACACGCUGAUUUUAGGCCCUCUAUUUUACAGCCAAAUCCAAAACAAUUUUGUGUGAGAAAAAUUAGAUGGGAGCUAAACUAAUUUGCGGAUGACUGGCCAUACACAAUUUUCUGUUUCUUUAAUUUCUGGCAACUGAUUA